CAUGGGGAGAGCAGCCUGUUUAAAACAGCCUCAGCUUGCUCACUCAGAGCAGUGCGAGACGCAGAGACAGAGGCACACGUUCUCUCUCUCCCUCUCCCUUUCAUGCACGCACACACACACAUGCUCAUGCACGCAGGCGGCAACUGUCCUCUAUCGGACUGACACAACCCACACACAAUCACACACCGGGAUAGACACACUUCCCCUUGCUACAGUGGAGAAGAGGAUAAGAAGUGACAUAUCAGGAGAAAAAAAAACAGAAAUACAAAAAAAAGAGAGGAGGUUCACAGGUGAAGAGGAGGAUUGUGCUGACGUUUCGUCCUGUCCAAGAUGGCAAACCUUGUGACAUCGUUGUGCUGUGUAGUUCUGGCCGCGGUGGUGGUAGCCUACGCUCAGAGACGCAGUCAGCUUGUUGCUAGGAACCAGUAUGAGCGAAUGGGCAGCGAUGUUACCAUGCAGUGCGGCUCCCUAGACAAUGACGCAUCGGUGUCAUGGAAGGUGAACGGGACGGACGUGAGGGCCCAGCACCGUCUAGAAGGUCCCAGACUGAUCCUGACCGAAGUGAACCUGGGCCACAACGGACUCUACAGCUGCUUUCAGAACCCGCACGGAGAGAGGCGUGACACCAUCUUCCUCCACAUCGGCAUUUCUCCUCGGGAGCCCACAGUCACCUGUCGAUCCAACACCUACCCUAAAGGCUUCUACUGCAGCUGGCACCAGCUGUACGCAACGUACAUCCCCACUACCUUUGAAGUGGACGUACAACAUAACCAGCGCUCACUGGAGGUGCAGAAAGACUCUGUCCACAAGAAUCGUUGUCAUGUACGAUUUCCUGAGGUCUUUUCCAGCUUCCCUUACAAAGUCAACGUGACAGCAGUCAAUGCCUUGGGGAAAGCUUCCACCAUGAUCUCUUUUGAGGAGUCCAGUAUAGUCAAACCAGAUCCCCCGGAGCGCGUGACGGCGACCCCGAUCCGUCUCAACCCUCGGAGGCUGGAGGUAUCCUGGCACAGCCCCGCCACCUGGCCGGACAUCGACAACUUCCCUCUGAAAUACUUCCUUCGGUACCGGCCACUCAUCCGAGACCAGUGGCAGCAUGUGGAGCUUUCCGACAGCACCUCCCACACCAUCACUGAUGCCUAUGCUGGGAAGGAAUACAUCAUCCAGGUGGCUGCCAAGGACACAGAGAUCGGGACAUGGAGUGACUGGAGUGUUGCUGUUCAUGCCACACCCUGGAUUGAAGAUCCUCUGCCCAUCACCUCCACAACUGAAGGGGACUUUCCUACCGAGACCAAGACCUCCCCCAUACCGUCUUCCAACGCACCACAAAAGGCUGAGCCUCCAGUCGGCAGAGCUGCAAAGCUCCUCACGUUUUUCUCCCCUUUGCUGUUAGGAAUGCUGCUGCUGUUCAUGUGAUUUAAAUGUCUUAUUCCUGAAGGGGGACAAGAAGGAGGAAGAAGAGGAGGAGGAGGAGGAGGAGGAGGAGGAGGCUGGUCUUUUUUCUAUUUUGCACAUGUCUCAAGGAUACAGUGCAUUGAUCAUUUCUGUCCAUCACACAGUUACUCACCAAGGUUACUUAGACAUGAAAUCAGACGAUGAUAAUGCGAUUCAGCAUUUUUUGAUUAAAUGGUGACAAAGAAAAUCUUCAGAGGAACUCCUCAUCAUCAUCAACAUCAUCAUCAUCACCACCACCACCACCAACAACGACAACAGCAGCAGCAGCAGCAACAGGAGCAGCAACAACCACAACAACAGCAGUGAUAUCAGCACUUACAGUCUUAUAUUACCCCCUGGUGGCUUUGAUGGGCCACAGCAGACUGAUUUGUUUUGGAGGACAAAGCCACUCCUAAGAUGAGAGGAAAAAAAAAAUCUCUUCAUUACCUUUUUUUGGUCUUUUUUUGUUUUAUUUUUAUUGAUCAAUUGAUAGUCUUAAUUUUAACUUUUCUUCUAAAAUCACAGCACUGCACAGACAAACACAUAUAGAGCAUGUGUGUUUGUGUGUAUGGUUACCAUAGCAGUCCCCAUACAGCUAAAUCAUCAUGCCAAAGACUCAACAUCAGCCCCAACAAAAUGGUUCCCAAAACAAUUCAUUGAGCUUCCCGAAGCCUGUGCCUGCCUUCGUCAUUGGGUUGAAAACCCCAGAAAGUUGUGCGUGUAUGUGUAUGUGUGUGUGAGAGAGAGCGAGAGAGAGAGAGAGAGAGCGAGGGGGGGGGGGGAGGAGAGAGAGAGAGAGAGAGAGAGAGAGAGAGAGAGAGAGAGAGAGAGAGAGAGUGAGUGUGUGUGUGCACAACACCUUAUGAAUACCGACUUAAAACGGUAUAGGAAUCAAACUUGGGACGAAUCGGAGGAACCCUGCAGCUCCUGUUUGUGCAAACCUACCAUUUAACAAAGAAGUCACACAAAUACUCAAUCAGACUCUGAAUCUGUUCGCCUCCAACGACUGAAUCAGACUGACGGAGCGAGUCGUUUUUUCGAUACGAGGACUAACACUUUGAAGAAUUCAGUAACGGUAGUCUGGCUUAUUUAGACAAUUAGCUUUACAUUCUGCUUUCAGCGACUGGCGACGAGGACCUGGAUUGUAAAAACAAAAAACAACAAAAGAAAAAAAAAAAGAAAUGUGGAUUUGAGACUGAACAAUUCUUUGCCCAACCAUGUUUGGUUUUUUGAUUUGACUUUGUAAUGACGGCGACAAAGUUGGUUAUUGAAACACACAUAUGAGCUAUGUUGGUUCUCCAUUCUGCUCUGUGCUGUAAAAUACAAUAACACAAAACUGUUUGCUUUCCAAAUUCCGACACCUUUACAGACAUAAAAAAAAAAAUGUGUUUUUGCAGUUUACAUUUCAGUAGCCAAUAUCACCAGUUAAUAUUAUGUUAUUCAAAGGAAUAUUGAUGUGUUUUAUUGUAUUUUUUGAUUUUAUGGACAAAUAAUAAAAACACACAUAUAGGACUUUAGUUUUUUUAUGUUUUUUUUUUCAGACAUUCAUAAUGGCUUAAUUCUCCUUGAUCCUAUUUUGUAAACUAUGAUAUGUAACUUUAACAUUGAACAAAAAGUUUAUUAUUUAAUAAUAAUAAUAAUGUAUGUAUUAGCAGUAGAAUGUCGUAACCUGUACCUGGGGUCUUUUUUAUAGAUGUAUAUACAAUGACAGGUUUCAACCAUUAAAUGUGACCAUUUCACAAUGAAUGAUGA